UUCAGUUAGCCUCCCGAAGAUGGCUGAACUUGCAGGAAUACCAGAGCAAGAAACUAAUGUCUGACAAUGGAGUGAAAGUUCAAAAAUUCUUUGUGGCAGACUCUGCGAAGGAGGCUCUUGAGGCGGCUAAGAGACUAAAUGCAAAAGAAAUUGUUUUAAAAGCCCAGAUCUUAGCUGGAGGAAGAGGAAAAGGUGUCUUCAAUAGUGGGUUGAAAGGAGGCGUUCAUUUAACAAAAGACCCUAACGUUGUGGGACAGCUGGCUAAACAGAUGAUUGGAUAUAAUCUAUCCACAAAGCAAACAUCUAAAAAUGGUGUGAAAGUUCACAAGGUGAUGGUGGCUGAAGCCCUGAACAUUUCCAGAGAAACCUACUUGGCCAUUCUCAUGGAUCGCUCCUGCAAUGGCCCCGUUCUGGUGGGCAGUCCCCAAGGGGGUGUUGACAUCGAAGAGGUGGCCGCUUCUUCUCCAGAACUCAUUUUCAAGGAGAAAAUUGACAUUUUUGAAGGGAUAACGGAGAGCCAAGCUCAGCGGAUGGCAGAAAAUCUAGGCUUCCUGGGGCCUUUGAAAAAUCAGGCUGCGGAUCAGAUUACGAAGCUGUAUAAUCUCUUCCUGAAAAUUGACGCUACUCAGGUGGAAGUGAAUCCUUUCGGUGAGACUCCAGAAGGACAAGUUGUCUGUUUUGAUGCCAAGAUAAACUUUGAUGACAACGCAGAAUUCCGACAAAAAGACAUAUUUGCCAUGGAUGACAAAUCAGAGAGUGAACCCAUUGAAAAUGAAGCUGCCAGAUAUGAUCUAAAAUACAUAGGACUGGAUGGGAACAUCGCAUGCUUUGUGAAUGGUGCCGGGCUGGCCAUGGCGACCUGUGAUAUCAUUUCCCUGAAUGGGGGGAAGCCAGCCAACUUCUUGGAUCUUGGAGGUGGAGUAAAGGAAGCCCAAGUGUAUCAAGCAUUUAAAUUGCUCACAGCUGACCCUAAGGUUGAAGCCAUCCUCGUCAAUAUUUUCGGUGGGAUUGUGAACUGUGCCAUCAUUGCCAAUGGCAUCAUCAGAGCCUGCCGGGAGCUAGAACUCAAGGUCCCCCUGGUGGUCCGGCUUGAAGGAACCAAUGUCCAGGAGGCUCAGAACUUGCUCAAUGACAGUGGACUCCCUAUUACUUCUGCUGUCGACCUGGAAGAUGCAGCCAGGAAGGCCGUGGCCAGCGUGGCAAAGAAGUGA